AUGUCAUGUGUAGCCAUAAACUUUCGUGGCGUAGAUCCUAUGGUUAUCUUUUACGAAAACAUCAAAGAACAUGAACGAAGUGUACAAAAGAAAGCUGAAAUAAAAGGUGCUGACGAACAAAUGCAUAUAUCCCCCAAAUUACACGAAACGACUAGAUUAUGUUUGCCAGAUCGAUCAAAAAAGUCUGCACUUACAGUUGCAAUUAAGGCCCGGGCUCUUCAGGCUUCCCUUCAAGGUACCGAACUCUGUGGUAUGGGUGGUGCGAUACCGUUCGCUGAUUACGCGAUUUUUGAUUCCAGACCAUUGUCUACUGCCGAUGAAAGUGCUUUUACUGGUCGUACAUAUGUUGUAUGGCUUUGGGAGGUUCCCGGUAUCGCAUCCUCAACAUAUUUUGUCAAGAUUUGUCCCUCUCCUAAAGCUACUGUUCGCAAUGCAAUUGGUCUUUGUCUGUGGCAAUUUUGCACGCAGGCUCUUGGGGGUCAAAACGAAGGACAGUCCUCUUCCUCUCUAGCCGACGCUACUCGCCUAGCUAAACAGGCCAGCACUCCAGCCAUCACUGAGCUUUUUCUGUCCGGGCUCGCACUCCACUUUCUCGAUUCGCCAGAGGAGGGCGUGGACACUGAUUUCCCGCCUCUUCAUCCUGAAGAUCUUAUAACUAAGUAUGAAUUUGAGCAGCUAGCCUUGAUUGCCAGACCUACUCCGCGAAGCCAGGUCCGACUUUUGCAGAUGCAACAGCAUACUCAAAAGUGGCCGCCGUUGCAGCCGACUACGAUUUCGACGACACUUACUGGUAAUGCUGCUUCUCUAGAUGAUGAAGAUCGUGGCGAUGUCUAUGAAGGCGCAGCUAGUGGAUCGAUUUCAUCAUCAGAGCUCGCUUCAGCUGUCCCAACUCUCGAUAGACCCCUCUUGGUUCAUGUUCAUCUGGCCCAGGGGAUAUCCACGCUACAAUUUUCACCUGACACACCACUCUCGCGUGUGCUUAGUGAGACGGUACGCCGUCGCCGAUUGCGCCAACACGCUGGCGUAUACACUUACAGAUUAGAGGCUCUAAAACCUGUCAGUGGCCUCGACCUAUGUCUAGAAGUGGAUAGAAAAGAGGAAGAUAAAUUUGAGGCAAGGUCAAACGAUGUUCUAUCUGAGCUGCAAUCGACUGUCAAUGGCGCUGGCUCUGGACAGCAGAGAGAGGAACUAGAUUUAAAGACAACACUUAGAGAACUAGUUAUGCAAAAAAGGCCACUGAAGUUCGCACUUGUCCGCGAGAAUAGUAAGUGGAUGAAAGUUUAA